AUGUCUACCGCACCCCUCGCCCCUCGCCACGCUAUCGAAGACGUCUGGAGCUACCCCCGCCCCCCCCUCCUCCAGCGCACGCCCAACCUCCUCCAGGUCAUCUGGACCGCUCCCGAUGGCACCCAAACCGUGCUCGCCGAGACCGACAAAGGGUACCGCGUAUGCGAGACAUCCCACCCACCUACCUACUAUCUCCCUCGUGAUGCGCUGCGCGUAGCCAUCGACAAGACGGGCAAGACCAGCUUCUGCGAAUGGAAGGGCGGCGCGACAUACUGGAAGGUGGACACGCCCGGCGGCGCGAUCGGGAACCGGGUCUGGAGCUACGAGAAGCCGACGCGAGGGUUUGAAGAGAUCAAGGGGUAUUUGAGCUUUUAUGCGAGCGAUGGGCAGGGGAGAUGGAAGUGUUUUGUGGACGGAGAAGAGGUCGGCGUGCAAGAGGGCGACUUUUACGGCGGCUGGGUCACCAAAAACAUUACCGGCAAGAUGAAGGGAGGCCCUGGAACGUGGGGAUGGUAG